AUGAGUGUGGUGGGCUGUUCAGAGGUGGGGGUGUCUCUCCGCUGGUGUCCCAUUGGCGCUGUGCCGCAUCCAUCACCCCUCCACUGCCCGGCGAGCGCUCUGGAAGAGGGACAGAGCGGGACGUGUUCAGUAGUGGGGAUGAUGUAUGAUGAGUCCGGUGUUUCUAUAACUGUGCCUGCACUGCCUAAAGCCCGAAGACACGGCAGGAAAGACCAAGAACCUGUAAAACUGUGA